CCCAUUUGCAGUGAAAUAACCAGAGAGUUCAAGCUGUAAAGUUUUAGCAAUUUUGCGCUACUAAAUUAGAAAUAAGAAGAUGAAUGUACAGACUGAGUAUUUCAUACGGCUGUUGUUGCUCCUCGUUCAAGCUGGCGUGCUGGUCUGUAGAGGCAUAACCCACAGGGAACUUGCAGGAACGAAACUCAACAUUGUACUCAAACCCCAUGAGAAAGCGUUGCAAAAGAAGCUUCUGAAAUCACAGUGUAUAGUACUUUUCCAAACCAGUGGCAUAUUACAUGUAGAAGACCUUGACCUUUCUUUGUUGACAGUUGUUCUACUUGACGUGCUGAUUUUAUCAACCACAGACAAACAGUACAUUAAAGUAAUAAAGGAAACAAGAAACACAUUGGCGCAUAACUCCACAGCUUCAGUUGAACUUGCUGGUUACAACACCUUGAAAACAGAUCUGGAAGACGCAUUGACGAAAUUGUGCCUAGGCCUUGACGUGAAUCUACAGACUGAAUGCUCAAAAUUAAUACAGAAGUUCACAGGCGAACCUCUUGAUGAGGCAACUGCUUUAAAGUAUGUUAUGGAGCUGAGGAAUGAAGAUGAGCUAUUACAAGAUUUUGAAGGAAUGUUGGAAAAACAGUCUGAAGAUAUUGUGCAAGAAGUCAAAGCAUCAGAGAACCGAUUACAAGAAUCGCUCUCAGAUUUUAAGCAGGAAGUAAUAGAAGAGUUUCAGAAACUGCAUUUUGGAUGCACAGACGAUUUCACUAAAUCAGAUUUUCCCGAUACACUGCCCAGCUGUGAGGUUUGUUUCAAUGUAGGCAACACUGCAACAUUCUAUUGUGAAACCUGCUGCCAGUUUAAUGCAACCAAUGUAUCCAUACUGUUGAGAAGACGCACAGCAGGCAAAGAUUAG